CAAUGCGCCAACGUCUAUCAUUGAAGUUCUUACGGCAGCAGACUGGACAGGCCGCUCUCUCUUUCUUGCUCCCUCCGUCCGAGCCUUGAUACCGAGCCUAACGUCUCGCAAUGUGUGACUGGAUUGUUGUGCCGCGGCCUCUGGCAGAGAAGACUCACCAAGCCACCGGUCUCUUCGCCAGCUGCCUACUCCCGGGGCGUGGCAAACCGCUUCGAAACCAAGCUGUGAUUUCCGAGAAAGGGAAGAUUGUUUAUGUCGGCGCUUGCACCUCCAUUCCAGCGGAGUAUGCGAAGGUAGAUCUGCAACAUGUUCCGGUACUCAUGCCCGGAAUGUGGGAAUGUCAUGCGCAUUUCUUUGGCGCAUCACCGAAACGGCCCAUUGACAUGCAAAACAUGGCAUUAGGCAAUCCCAUCGAGGCGGGCGCGAGGAAUGCCCGAGCCUUGAAGGACACCCUCUAUGCGGGCUUCACCUCUUGCGUGGAUUUGGGUGGCUAUGCUCCGGAGCUCCAGAACGUGAUCGACGAAGGGCUGCUUCUCGGGCCAACUCUGUAUGGAGCCGGUGCUGCUAUCAGCAUGACUGGUGGACACGGCGAUGUCUUUGAAGUCUCUUAUGCCAGCGCCAGGCAACGACUCAGCGUGAAUGCUCCCGGCGCUGAUGCGGGAAUGUCUGGCGUGAUUUUGGCCGACGGACUCGAAGAGUGCCGCAAAGCCGUGCGCCUGAAUUUGCGUCGACGCGCCAAGAUCAUCAAAGUGUUGACAAGCGGAGGGAUCACCUCCCGAGAUGAUGAUCCGAUGCUCCAGCAAUUCUCUGACGAGGAGCUCGAGACCAUCGUCAGCGAAGCUAGUCGGAUGGGCCUCGUCUGUGCGGCGCAUGCUGUGGGCAAAGCCGGCAUUCUAGCCGCCAUUCGUGCCGGCUUCAAAGUGAUUGAGCACGAUUCAUUUGGCGACGAUGAGGUUUACGAAGAAAUGAAAAAGCAUGAUGUGAUGCUUGUAGCCACCAUAACGCCAAUACGCAGUAUACUUGACAAUGAGGACAAGUACCCUCGUGAGAUGUUCGAGAAAGCAAAGGUCGUCGCGCAAGCACACCUCAAAGCGUACAAAGACGCAAUCAAGGCUGGCGUGAAGUGUGCCAUUGGCUCCGAUCUGUUUGGAGGGAUCGGAACGGUCCUUAGCCCGGGAUUGAACGGCGGCGAAGUUGUCUACGCGGUAGAGGCCGGCAUGACGCCUCUGAAGGCGAUUGAAGCAGCGACAGCCAACGGACCGGAAUCGCUAGGUCGACAAGGGCCGAAAAGCGGUCAAAUCCGAGUGGGCUACGAUGCAGACUUCAUCGCGCUCAGCCAAAAUCCGCUGGAUGAUAUGGAGGUGUUGAGAUCCCCCAAGAACAUCACCCACAUAUGGAAGUCGGGCAAGCUUGUCAAGGCACCUGGUCUCGAUCCCUGGGAAGCGCUCGACCGGUAGGUACGUGUGGUGCAAUCCUUGGAACCAUGCCCAACCGGACCACGAGACUUUGAGCUGCGAAAGGCGUAAUGCCUGUCUUAUCCGUCGUGGCACCGGCUUGGUGCGCUUUGCAAAGGCUGGCUUAAAGACGAUCUAGAUGGAGCUAUCAGAAUUGUAGAGUAUAGAUCGUGAUUGCUUUAAUUAACUCUAUCGAGACUGGAA